GGUUUCGCUACUCGCGUUUGACGCGGCGCGUCUAUUCGUUUGACGCGGCGUCUGGCGUCAGUACCGGUCCGGACCAGUGUUGCGUCAAGACGCCCGGCGUCAACAUGUCAAAAAAAUUUUCAUUUUCCUCGACAGAGGACGAAGCUUUGAUUACACUUGUGGAAAAUAACAAAUGUAUUUACGAUAGUAGCCAUAAACAACAUAAAGACAAUUAUGUUAAGGAUAAUAUUUGGAAAAAUAUAUCCGGAGAAGUAGGAAGAUCAAUCGAUGACUGUAAAAAACGCUGGAAAAAUAUAAGAGACACGUACUUGAAACAGAAAAAGAAACUUCCGACAGGAUCAGCAGCUCCACAUAAAAAACCUCGAUAUACAAUGAAUUUAUCAUUUUUGGACACCGUUGAAUAUGAAAGAAGUACUAUAACAAAUAUGGGCAUAAAUGAUGCUGAUACGUCAAAUGCGUCUACUACAGACGAAAUUGAACCUGAAGUCCAACAAAUCAUACAAAACGAUGAAGAACAAACAGAAAAUAUUGUGUCCGAUUUGCCAUCAAGUUCAUAUGCAGGAAAACGUAUUCGGUCAAAAGACGAUAAGAUUUCUGUCAUUUUAGCCAAACGAUCAAAGGAAACGAAGGAUACCAUACUAUGCAUUCAAGAACAAAAUAAACUGUUAGCUACAAGCAUGAAAAACCUGUGUGAAGAGGAUGAAAUUGAUAUAUUUUUUAAAAGUAUUGCAAUGACGGUUAAAAAAAUGCCACAGCAAGCGAUCAAAGAAGCGAAACUUAAGACACUUACGUUGAUCACUGAAAUAGAUGACAAAUAUUCAACUGGUCCAACACUACCGUAUCAAAUACCACCAGAUUAUAACAAUAUGUACCAACGUCAACUGAGUUCACCAGCCAGCUCAUACAGUACCUCAACAUCAACAUCACAAGGGUUUUUGCCGUUCAACUAUGGUGACGAGUCUAAUGGUUAACCUUUAAAAUUUUUUUUUUAAUUUUAAAUAGUUGGUGCUUACAAUAAGUUUAUUUGUAAAGUUACUUUUUAUUUAUUUUUAUUUACUUUUGUUAUAUUUUAAAAUUCACUUGUUUUUAUUCAAUAUUGUUUGUUGAUUUUAUUUAGAAACAAUAAAUUAACCAAAAUUCUGGUUUAAAUUAAAA